UGACUCUGCCUCCCGAGUGCUGGGAUUACAGGCGUGCGCCGCCUCCUGGCAGUUCCAGACUUUUUGAUGCUAGAAGAUAGGCUUGGUAGAUUGAGAGUGCCAGGUCUGAAAAAACAGGCCUGCAAUCCCAGCACACAGAAGGCAGAGGCAGGAUUGAAGUGAGUUCAGGGCCAGCCUUAGGCUAAAUAGAGAGUGCUAGGCCAUCCAGGGAUAUAAAGCAAGAUCCUGUCUCAAAAAAAUAAAAACUAUAUGGGGGGCUGGAGCCAUGGCUCAGUGGUUAGAGCACUUGUGCUUGUGGAAGCUCAGAGUUUGGCUCCCAACCCUCACAUACAUAAAUCUAUAAAAUUAAGAGAGCCAGGCAUGAUGAUAAAUGCUUAUAAUUCCAAACUUGGGAGGCAAGAGGAUCAAGAGUUCAAGGUCCUCUUCACCUACAGUCAGUUCAAGGCCAGCCUGGGCUACAUAAGACCCUGUAUACAGUGUACAGUGUAUGUCUGCACACCAGCAGAGGGCACCAGCUCUCAUUAUAGAUGGUUGUGAACCACCAUGUGGUUGCUGGGAAUUGAACUCAGGACCUCUGGAAGAGCAGCCAGUGCUCUUAACCUCUCCAGCCCCCACCCCCCAAAUAAUUUUUUUCUCCUUAAAACAUUUUUUAUGUAUAUAGGUGUUUUGCUUGCAUGGAUACCUGGUGCCCUACAGAGGCCAGAAGAGGGUGUUGGAUUCCCUAGAAUUGGAGUUACAAAGGGUGGUGAUGAGCCGCCUUGUAUGAACUGAACAGCCAAUGCUCUUAACUGCUGAGCCAUCUCUUCAGCCCUAAAAUAAUGUUUUGUUUAGUUUUUCAAGACGGAGUUUCUCUGUGUAAUAGCUCUGGCUGUCCUGGAACUCACUCUGUAGACCAGGCUGGCCUUGAACUCACAAAGAUCUGGAGGGCAAGUUCCAGAGCUUGGGUCCAGCUAUACAGUGAGUUGCACAACAUUGUGAGCCAGAUAGCCAAACCCCUUUCAAAAACCCAAGGGCUGGAGAGAUGGCUCAGAGGUUAAGAGUACCGACUGCUCUUCCAGAGGUCCUGAGUUCAAUUCCCAGCAACCACAUGGUGGCGCACGCCUUUAAUCCCAGCACUCGGGAGGCAGAGCCAGGCGGAUCUCUGUGAGUUCGAGGCCAGCCUGGGCUACCAAGUGAGUCCCAGGAAAGGCGCAAAGCUACACAGAGAAACCCUGUCUCGAAAAACCAAAAAAAAAAAACCCAAGGGCUGGUGUCAUGGCUUUAAUCCCAGCACUCAGAGGCAGAGGCAGGCAGAUUUCUGUGAGUUUGAGGCCAGCCUGAUCAACAUAUGAGUUCCAGGCUAGCCAGGGCUACACAGCGAGACCCUCUCUUUAAAAAAUAAAAGAAAUAUGAGGACCAGAAUGUAGCUCAGUAGUAAAAGUCUUGUUUGCUAUACAGGAGGCCCUGGAUUCAGUCACCAGCGGAGCGGGGGAGGAGAUCUAGAAAAAUACAAAUUUCAGUAUUUGAUAAUCAGUCGAUGGAUAUGAGUGGUGAGGAAACAGACAAGAAGCUGCUGGGCGUCUGGCAUGCACAACUGGGCACAUGCUUUUCCAGCAGUUGCUAGUACUUCCUCUACCACAAUGAUUCUUAUCACGGUGCAUUUUAAUUGUAAGAGAGGGCACUGGCCCGAAUUUAUCAUCAUAAUCGCCACGGUCCUGCCUAGUCUAAGUGUUGACAAGGCUUCAAUAGAUAUUUAUUGGAUUUAAGUCUAGCAGCUGAAUGCUGGUUCUGAAAGAAAAAAAGGAUUUGUAGGGAAGGUAGACAUGUUCACUUUGGUACAUGCUGAAUUUGUCGCACCUCUGAAAGACUUGUGGCAUUCUUUGGUGGACGGCGGCUAAGACCAGAGCUCCAGAGAAAGAUCUGGACUGGAGAUAGAGUGCUUAGCAGGGUACUACAUCGGCCUUUUGAGAGAGUAAGCUCACUGAGGGGGCGUAUGCAAAGUGCAAAGGUCACAGCUCAGAUGGGUUUUUGUGGUUUAAGGAACAGGCAGAGGAAGAGUCUCCCUUAUGCCACAGAGAAGCAACUGCCAGAAGGGAACAGGGGAAAGAGUCGCGUGCCACGGAAAUGUCAAACAACUCGGGAAGCGUCUGUGAGGAGUGGGGUAUCCUGGAAAAGAGAAGUGAGGGGAGAGGAAAUAAAGAUUGCUUUGUGUAGUCAACUUCAAGAGGUUCGAAGAAGGGGGGAAGAAAAGGAGACCGAGGCGGGAUGGUGAGACAGGUUUGCAUUGCUUUGUACCUCGAGCCAAGCUUCGACUAAACAGCUCGGACUGGCCGGCCUUCAGCUCUAUGCUCCUCUCGACUUCUCAAAUGCUGACCUUUACAGGUGUGAACCCCCACUUCUGGAGGGUGACUGGUAACUUGGGAGCCUUGUGGAAGGAAAUGUUUAUAAAGAGGAGACGUGGAAAAGUUUCAAAGUGGAUAGAAGUCAGCAGUUAAGAGCACUGGCUGCUCUUGCAGAGGACCCAGGUUUGGUUCCCAGCACCCCCGUGGCAGCUCACAACCGUCUGUAACUCGGUUCCGGGUCAUCUGGCAUCCUCUUCUGGCCUCCAUGGGGUUUCUCCGUGUAUCCCUGACUGUCCUGGAACUCACUCUCUAGAUCAGGCUGGCCUCAAACUCUCGAAGAUCUGAUUACCUCUGCCUUCCAAGUGCUGGAGUCAAAGGCAUGCGCCACCACUGCCUGGCAAAAAGAAAAAGUCAAUGAAGCCAGGUAUGGUGGUCCAUGGGUGGACAGCCAGAGCUACACAGAGAAACCCUGCCUUGGGAAAAAAAAAUGAGACGUGUAGGUUUUAACUGAUGGCAAUCUCAAACCAGUCAGUCCCACUGUCCCCUAGGGAGAAGCUGAUGUCAGACUCCAUCCAACCUGCCAUGCUUUUUCUUUUUUUCUUUUUCUUUUUUUCUGAGAUAGGGUCUCACUAUGUAGCUCUGGCUGUUCUGCAACUCCCUAUGUAGACCAGGCUGGCCUCGAACUCAUAGAGAUCCACUUGCCUCUGCCUCCUGGGAUUUGUGCCACCACACCCAGUGUGUCCUGACAUCUUGGAUCACAUCGCAUAGUCUCCAGUUCAGUGGUAAAGCUCACUGUGUGACGAGGUCUGUCCCUCCUCAAGCUACUCACGGAGCUCAUUCCUUCCUGUCAUUUGUAGCUCCUGAGAGCUACUUCCACUCAGGAGGAGGUGCCAAUCAGUUCUAGUUAAGAGUGUAAAUAAAGGGGCUAGGGGCUGGGCGGUGGUGGCGCACGCCUUUAAUCCCAGCACUCGGGAGGCAGAGCCAGGCGGAUCUCUGUGAGUUCGAGGCCAGCCUGGGCUGCCAAGUGAGUUCCAGGAGAGGCGCAAAGCUACACAGAGAAACCCUGUCUCGAAAAACCAAAAAAAAAAAAAAUAAAAUAAAGGGGCUAGGAAGAUGGUUCCACAGUUAAGAGCACUGGCUAUCCUUCCAGAGGACCCGGGGUUCAGUUCCCAGCACCUACAUGACAGCUCGCAACUGCCUGAACCCCCAGAUCCGGGGGAUCCGACACCCUCUCCUGGACUCCUCAAGCACCAGACAUUCAGGUGGUGGUGCACAGACAGACAGGCAGACAAAAUACUCAUACGCGUGACACAAAAAUGCAGAUGAACAGAGCUCCACAAUAACCCUGGGGACCCUCCAGAAGGCUGAUGCAGAGGAGGGUGUGUCCUAGAUAAGCUUGAAGGUGAUGUGAACCCUCUCUCUCUCUCUCUCUCUCUCUCUCUCUCUCUCUCUCUCUCUCUCUCUCUCAGUCCCUCUCUCUUUCCCUCUCACUGUUUCUUGCUGUUUAUUGCCUGUCUGCACAGGAAACACAAAGGUUUAAGUCUGAGGCAGUUGGUCACGGAAACACUGAGGUCUGUGCAAACUUAAUAAAGGUUCGUAAGUCAGAACCUUUGAAUAGUCAUCACCUCUUGUACUUUCGUCUCUGUUCCUCUCUCAGCCUGAUUCUUCUUCCUCGUGGUCUUUCGGUGCCCAGCUCAAGACUCCCCAAAGCACCUGGGACCCACCCUUUCUGCCCCUGGAACUUCAGGUGACCUCCGCAAGGCAUUUAAAGGAAAAAAUUACCAAGCUCGGUCAUCUUUUCUGAUUUCCUGCCUCGCCAGCCAUGUAGGCCUGCUGACCACAUCCUCUCUCACCUUAUUUAUACACUUCCUCAUCAGACACGUCACACAGGAGUUCUCAGCCCCCAAACCUGUGCAGAUCUCCCAUUCGGGGCUUCUGUUUACCCCUUCCUUUUCACUCCAAGGGUCCUGUCCUCACUCACCCAACACACACACACUCUUGGAGCCAUGUCCCUCGGCAUGGAGGCACCCGCUCCUACUUCCUUCUGGAACUUCACCACCCCUUUCUCCCACAGGUGACAGUGGUGGCCACGAUGCUCUCGGGCCGGUGGUGGCCAAGUAUUUGGGGCAAUCUGGGACUGAGCCUACAAAGCCCUUCUCAGGGACCCCAGCUCUGUGUCCUCUAUCCCUUCACGUAUACUGGGGCGGAUGGCCGCCAGGUGUCUCUGGCUGAAGGUGACAGGUUCCGACUGCUCCGAAAGACCAACUCAGACUGGUGGCUGGCGAGGCGCCUCGGAGGGUCCCCCAGCUCCCGGCCCAUCUUUGUUCCAGCUGCCUACAUGACCGAGGAAUCACUCUCCUGCCCGAGACCUGCAGAGGCUACCCACAAUGCAUCCCGGACAAAGCUGUUUCGUGGCUCCCUGGAGGAGCUCUACCUGCCUCAGGAACCCCAGGUUACUUCCGAGCAGCCUCCUCCCUGUCCCCACAAAAUGUGCAGAAGCGUCAGCAUGGCCAGUUUGAAGCCCUGCUUCCUGAAAGCCCUCAAGGAAGGGCCGAGAGGAAGAGCUCUCUCCCAGGAAGGCUCCAUGACAGAGGCCAGGGCCGAUACGAAACCUGGCUCCAUGGAACAGACAGAGACUCUGAUUAGGGACGUUGGUGCCCUACAACCUCAGGAAUGGCUUGAUCCACAGGGUUUACCAAGCCUCAGCCGAAGCGGCCCCUGGGAAGACCUCUCAGACCAGCCGACAGCCUUGCAGUCCUGCCCCGGUCUGCCACACCUGGAUGACCCCCAUGAGGAAAAGUCAGGCCUGAUCAAUAUGACCAAGAUUGCUCAAGGAGGCCGUAAACUCAGGAAGAACUGGGGCCCGGCUUGGGUGGUGUUAACUGGCAACAGCCUUGUGUUCUACCGAGAGCGGCCGCCGCAGUCUGCGCCCUCCCAAAGCUGGGCGCCAGCUGGGAGCCGGCCGGAGAGCAGCGUGGACCUGCGCGGGGCGGCCCUGGCUAACGGGCGCCACCUGUCCAGCCGCCGCAACGUGCUGCACAUCCGGACGGUCCCGGGCCAUGAGUUCCUGCUGCAGUCGGACGAGGAGCCCGAGCUGCGAGCCUGGCACCGCGCGCUGCGAGCCGUCAUCGAGCGCCUGGAUCGAGAGAACCCCCUGGAGCUGCGUCUGUCGGGCUCGGGACCGGCCGAGCUGGCGGAGCUGAGCGCCGGGGAGGAUGACGAGCUGGAGUCGGAGCCGGUGUCCAAACCGCUGAUCCGGCUCAGCAGCCGAAGGAUUUCCAGUCGGUGUGCCGAGGGCACCGAGCAGAAGAACCGCGUGCGGAACAAGUUGAAGCGGCUGAUCGCCAAGAGACCGACCUUGCAGAGCCUCCAGGAGCGGGGCCUGUUCCGGGACCAAGUGUUCGGUUGCCAGUUGGAGUCGCUGUGCCAAAGGGAAGGGGACACCGUACCCAGCUUUGUCCGGCUUUGUGUUGAGGCUGUGGAUAAAAAAGGUCUGGAUGUGGACGGCAUCUACCGGGUGAGUGGGAACCUGGCGGUGGUCCAGAAGCUUCGCUUCCUGGUAGACAGAGAGCGGGCAGUGACCUCUGAUGGGAGAUACAUGUUCCCAGAACAGCCAGGACAAGAAGGCAAAUUAGAUCUAGACAGCGCCGAAUGGGAUGACAUCCAUGUGGUCACCGGGGCCUUGAAGCUCUUUUUCCGGGAGCUGCCGCAGCCUCUGGUGCCCCCGCCGCUGCUGCCACACUUUCGUGGCACCCUCGAACUUUCUGAGCCAGAGCAGUGUCUCGCGGAAAUAAAGAAGCUAGUGGAGUUGUUGCCGAAGCCCAACCAUGACACACUGCAGUACAUCCUGGAGCAUUUGUGCAGGGUGAUUGCACACGCAGACAAGAACCGAAUGACUGCCCACAACCUGGGAAUUGUGUUUGGACCAACGCUGUUCCGACCUGAGCAGGAGACCUCUGACAUGACAGCCCACGUGUUCUACCCUGGACAGCUCAUCCAACUGAUGCUCAACAACUUUGCUAGCCUCUUCACCUGACUUGGGCGAGAAAAAGGAAGACGUCUCCUGCCGUUUGCCCGCUGGUUUCCUGAGAGGGAUGGCAGGUCUUCUUUUGAAGACAUCCCGUCAACUCUCUCCCAGAGGACACUCUUCCACGUCCUGAGUCUCACUUGAGCUAUUAGAUGUGGGAGUUUUCUGAAGAGGAAGGUGUAUGAGCCCACUUCCACUCUCCCCAAGUUGACGGAUCAGGCACUUAUUCUCAGCAUUCCUUUAUUGUCAGGAAACUGUCAUUAUUAAAGGUUUUUCUCUGGAACAUA